CAUGCCCAUGCUUAACAUCCACGUUUUUUUCGCACUCUUUUUAGGUGCUGUUAAAUCUCAAGCACCUCCAAAUUUUACGGAACUCACGCAACUAAACGGGUACCAAUCUGAGGAACAUGCAGUGGUUACAGAAGAUGGAUAUGUGCUGACACUGUACAGGAUAGCUAAAGGUGCCAAGUGUCAGGAGGAGAAUAAGCAGACCCCUGUGUUCUUCAUGCCUCCAUUGCUGUCCGCCGCUGAUACGGCGAUCGAGGCUGGACCGGAUGCAGCAAUACCAUACCUUAUAUCAGACGCCUGCUUCGACACUUGGGUCGGAAGCCCUCGAGGCACUUACAACGGCCGAAAGCACGUGCGACUAGAUCCUGAUAAACACAAGGAGUUCUGGAACUUCUCCGUAGACGAAAUUGGCACUUAUGACGUACCUGCGAUGGUUAAUUAUGUGUUAAAUUAUACAAAUACGGAGAAGUUGAUGUAUGUUGGAUUUUCUCAAGGAGGCGGAUCGUUUUUCGUCAUGUGUAGUGAAAGGCCUGAAAUGUGCAAGAAGGUGAAACUUAUGAUCGGUCUCGCGCCAGCAACAAGACAUUGGUACACGAAAUCAGCUUUCUUCAGAUUACUGUUCAAGAGUGUUGAGGAUAACCUAGAUGUGUUCGAUGAUUUGCGCAUUUGGGAAGUCAUGGGAAGAGAUCAAGUGACAGCAGCAUUGAGUGUUGUGUGCCGGAACAAUUUAAAGCUGUGUGAGUGGUUAGUUUCCGUAGUAGAUUCCUCGCAUCCAGGCUCAGUGGCUGUUUCGACAUAUGUCAGUAUGUUAGAUCGGUUCCCAGCGGGGACUUCAGUGCAAAAUAUGGUACGCUUCAGUCAAAGCUGUCGGAGUAAAAAGUUUGUUAAAUUCAGCUAUGGGACUAAGAAAAAUCUUGAGAUCUACGGUAGCCUGGAUCCUCCGGAAUACAACUUGACAGCCGCAGAUGUACCUAUUCUGCUUAUGGUGGGUAAAAAUGAUGCAAUAGUGGAUGUAAGGGAUGUAAAAUGGUUGGCUGGUAAAUUACCAAAUGUGAAAGAAACAGUGAUAGUGAAUGAUUCUCAGUGGAAUCAUGUGGACAUGUUUUAUAGUCAAUUUAUUAAGGUGAUGAUUUUCCCUAAAAUUUUGGAGUACCUAAUUCGUUAUAACGAAAUGUGACACUACAAUA